ACUGUUACUGGAGAAAUGGCAAACAAAACCUAUAAUCUUGGGCUAUUCUUUAAAUUUGUUUUUAGAACAAAAACAGUUGAGGGAGUGUCAGCUCCUCAAAGUGUCUGUGACCACAUUCAUCUUUUCUGUAGGAAUUUCUUCAACAACUUGAAGCCAAAUACUGGCCCUGCUGUGGAGCCCAGAGAUACAUCAUGACUUCAGUGCUAGGCAUAGGCCUGCUGGCUUUGGCCCUAUUAAGACCCACCAUGGCCUUUGUACCCAUCGGGGGUGGGGCCUCCACCCAUGUCAGCAUUACUGGAGCGGCUCUAUUGCAAAAAGUGACAGAAACAUGUCGGGCGGUGGUUGAGGCAGCUGGUCAUGAGUUCAAACCCACGGGUUCCUCUCCCGAGGAGCUGGUUAAGGCCUGUCUAGGACCCACAGCAAAAGGAGAGGUGUCAGGUGCCAAAUUUCAUUCUGCGCUUCAAGAGAUCUACACCCAGAAUGGGCUGGUAGACCGUAACUUUGUCAGCAGUGCUCCACACCACUUCAACUCAGAGGCCUUCCUGGAGGGACGUAGCCUUAUUAUAAGUGGCAUGGUCGUCAUUAAGGCUAACAUUCGCAAUGAGAACUUCCAAGCUGCCAGGGAAACACUGGGAAGAGUACUUCAUACCCUACAGGACUUCUACAGCCACAGUAACUGGGUGGAGCUGGGAUACAAAGAGCCCUUCAUCAACCUCAUACGCCCAGAUCUACCUCUGGAAAACCUGGCAGAUGUCAACACUGCCACUUGCAGUGACUGUGCAAGUGGAACUUGCCCCAAUCCGAUCCUCCCCAACAUCCUGAAGCAGAAGAAACUGACUUCAGGCUACAUGGGAAUAUUCUCUGCCAACAAGCCCAGAGGUAAAUGUAGCCAUGGAGGGGCAAGUGACCUGACAAGCACAGCAAUCCCUCGCGGUGGCAUCAGCAAAGAUGAGCGUCGCUCGGACAAUGUAGCCCUCCACAAUGCUGCUGUGAACGCGGCCACAGCCGCCAGCCUCCAACUGCUAGAGGACAUCCGGUUAGCUGCAGGGAACAAUGACUUUCUCAGAAUGAUGGGAAUCGCCCGCUCAUCGGUUGUGUGCUUUGUUAUUGAUACCACCGGCAGUAUGUCAGAUGACAUCGAUGAAGCCAGGGCAGUAGUUAUUAAAAUCAUUGACAGCAAGAAAGGAACGCAGGAUGAGCCAUCUGAGUACAUUCUGGUGCCCUUCAAUGACCCCAACUUUGGACCUAUGUUCAGGACAACAAAUCCUGAUAAGAUGAAGGAAGAGAUCUCUAAACUCACAGCAAACGGAGGUGGUGAUAUCCCUGAGAUGUGCCUGUCAGGACUCCAGUUAGCUCUAACUGGUGCCCCUGCAUCCUCCAACAUCUAUGUGUUCACUGAUGCUCCAGCAAAAGACAUCGCCCUCAAGGACACGAUAGUUGCUCUCAUCAGGAGCACGAAGUCAACGGUCUCAUUUUUCAUGACCGGUGCCAGUAGAAGGCGCCGUCGUUCUCUCAGAGCUCCUUCCUUUGAAGACUACAGGGACCUGGCUCUGGCCUCUGGAGGCCAGGCCAUCCGGGUGUCCAAGAAGCAGCUGCCUGAGGCCACAGAUAUCAUUCUUGACACCUCCACUUCAGCUCUGGUGACAGUUCUUCAGCGAGCAAGGAACCCCGGGAAGCAGGAGAUGUUCUCCUUCAUGUUGGACAAAUCUCUUCAAAACAUCACUAUUUACAUCACAGGAACUUCCAUUACUUUCACACUGACCAACCCUGCAGGUGUGAACCAGACCCAGAGUGAGGCCAGCGGUAAACUGGGGACCAUUCAGAAUGUGGGCAACCUGAGGAGAAUUCAUCUCAAUGAUGACAAGCAGACAGGAACCUGGCAGAUCAACAUCAACUCCAACCAACCAUACACACUCAAAGUCACAGGCCAGAGUACAGUUACUUUUAUCUAUGACUUUGUGGAAAGCUUCAAAGGACCUCACCCAGGUUAUGCAGUACUUAGUGGGUGUCCACAAGCAGGUCAGCCAGCCACCCUGAUGAUCUCAGUAAUAGGUCAGCGAGGGCCCUCUUCAGUCACUGUUGGAAACAUUGGCCUGGCUGUUGUGUCUGGUCCUGAGUCUGUUAGCAAUAGUACAAUGACUGACAUGGGCAAUGGAGACAUCCUGGUGACCAUUGAUGUAGUCCCUGAGGGGGAGUUUGUAGUUGCUCUAAAAGGAACAGACAAAGUGUCAAAGAGUGAAUUUCAGAGGCAGUCUACCACUCAGAUGUCUGUCUCCAAAGUGAAUAUCCAGAGUUUUACACGUUUCAGGAAUAGAUUUGAUGAUGCUUGGGACAGCAGUUUGGAGCCAGGAAAAGCCUUCAAACUCUCCUUCAGUGUAAUGACACAGAGCACCGGUGGUCAAUACUCCAUCAGUGCCAGAAAUGACAAAGACUUCCCCAUGGACUACCCACCCAACAUCAUCUUGACAACCGGAAAUUAUACUGAUGCUACGCUGACCAUUACACCGCCUGCCAGCACACCGUCAGGCACUGAUGUCACGCUGACUAUGGAAGCCACGUCUACCAAUGGUGUUGACUCCAAUUACAUCGUUCUGAAAUUGUCUGUUGUUACCAAGAUUACAGAUUUUGUUCAGCCUUUGUGUAAAGUGGUCAGAGUGCUGGAUGGUGAGUGCCCUCAAGAUGUGUCUCAGUGUGGACCUUUUAGGUGGGAGCUUAUUGCCAACCUUACUGAUGGAAAUGGCACCGGGAUAGAAACCAUCUCCCUGAUCGAAGGCAAUGGAUCCCUGUCAUACACCACCCUGACUGCUCCUGCCAUCCAAGCAAACUACAGUGGCUCCUGCUGCUCGCAGAUUGUUAAAUUUGCAGCUGUAGACAAAGUUGGCAAUGUGGGACACUGCUAUCAUUCAAUUGUUCGUUCAAGUGGCCCUCCUGCUUUGAUUCUCUCACUGCCAUUGUGGUUGUGCCUGCUGACAUCUGCUUUUGUAGUAAGGCCUUGAAGCGCUUCAGUGAGCUUGCUCAGAUACCCUGCUUAAAUGAAAUAUAAACACAGAUUAAGCAAUGGAUAAUGAAUAAGUGGCCUUAGGAUCAAAAGACAUGAAAUUUCAGUGUACAAGGUUUACUUUUGGUGUCGGGGACCAAGCAGUAAAGCUCCAGGACACCUGGUGUGGACGGCAAGAAAAAGUAACACAUUUACUAUUUAACUGUCACAAAAUAUUGAAAAUGAAACACUAGGAAAAACUGGACCAAAAAUAAAUUUAAACUAGGACGCUGUAACUUAAAUUGAAGUCAGCUAAAUAAACUUAAGACUGAACUUAAAAUAACUCACUCAACAACUGAAACAACAGGAUUGGUAUAUACUAGGAAUUCUCUACUUAAUGCCCCACUUUUGGUUGUUAAAAAAUGUCCAUAAAAUAACCUAUUCAGUGCAUGUGUUUAAUGUAUUCAGGGUCAUGGAGCUUUUACUGACACAGGAUUGUCGCCGCAUCUGAGGAAACAUUAGCUGGCUGGCUAGACAACAGUGUUUAAAUACAGAACUCGUGAGGCGUCACUUCCUGAUGAUGUCUCACGAGUGGUGUCAUUAUAUUCAAACAUAACUGGUCAUUGAAAUUAUACAUUUUAAUUUUAUUAAUUUGUGAACCCGAGCACAUUUAGUAAACACCUAGGUUUGUAAAUGACAAAAAAAUAUAAUUUUAAUCUAAUCCUUUGCAGUACUACUCCACAGCCCACUGAUUGAGAAUAGCCGAUAUAUACUGUAUGUUAAAGGCUGGCAUUAGUAGACACACAGAGGGGCAGGACACACAUCAACUACACCUCUACAAAUUAAAGGAAGUAUUUAGAAACCUAAUCAAACAGUCAAACCAAAAACAACAAAAGCCCCAGAAUGACCUUAACUUGCAUCAAACCUGGCAAACACUCACUUCCGCUUCCUGUCUUCUCAAAAGAAGCUUCAUCUUUCUGCCAAGAGAACUUUGAAGAUCAACACAAGAAAUAGUAAAACAAUUUAACCAAAAGUAACUCAAAGUACAGUAUACUGGCUUGAAUGUGUGCACUCAAAUGACAUAAAAUGCCAAAAUAAAGUGAUCUGAAAGAAACCUAAAGACUUACGUGGUCAUUACAUAAAAUGUUAUAACUGUGCUAAAAAAAGAAAAACUAUAUAACAUGGUGUUGCUGUAAACAAAAAUCUUAUUUGGGACAAUUCUUUGUUUUCACAUGUGGUCUGAGGCAGCAGAUAACUUUUUACCUCCAGAAUAAUGUGCCAACAACUUUUUUCUAGAGUGCUAGAAUAGAUAUAUUUUUAAGAGAGGCAGUGUGAAGGCAUAAAAAGUCUGUGCAAUCUGCAUUAUCUGAGCAUGAAGCAAGAGCAUUCUCUUAUUUUUGUCACAUUUAAACACAUUUACCAAGGACAAAUGUAUGCAUGUAAAGCAAUUUCUUUUCUGUGGACACCCAGUACUGGUAGAAUAAGCUGGUUUCUUUUAACAUUUUGAAAACCAAUCCAAGAAUGCUGAGAAAGAAAUGGACAGAGACUUUCUCUGGGUAUAUGGAUCUUCUUAGAACAGUUUGGGUCACAUGCUCAGAGUAAGGAGAACCUGAUGGCAGAGAGUGCAGCAGACUGGUACUGCUGAAGAGCAGGAAUUACUAUGGGAACAAAAAGAUGUAUAUAACAUACAGUAUAAUAUUUUUAAAUAACAUACUAAAUGAUCUGAAAUGC